AUGAGCACCGCUGCGGCCUUCGGCGACCUGCGCCUGCUGCCCGUGGACUACCACCGCCAGGUGGCGCGCGAGCUGGCCGCCUUCUUCCACUCCUUCUACCGCUUCGGCGCCGCCUCCAGCCGCUUCGACCUGCGCGACGAGGUGUACCUGGACUUCCUGCACAACGUGAUCUUCGGCUCGCUCUGCAUCGGCGCCGUCGUCUUCCUCGUGCUCUGCGCCAUCGUCGUGCGGCGCUGCAUCCUGCACAUCCGCAGCGCCUAUGUGCGACGUACAUCGAUGGACUCCACGUCCGUGGAGCUGCUGGCCGUGGGACUGCUGACCUUCCUGGCUAUCAGUGCGCUGGGGGGACUGCUGGGAGAGGCCCAGGUGGACUACAGCGCCGGCGUCGUGCUGGACACCAUGACCAACACCAGCGACCUGUUCCAAAACGCCCAAGCGCUCACCUCCCAGAGUCUGGAGACGAGCAGCGCCCUGCGCGUCAAUGCUGACGACCUCAUCACGUCCUUCAACGACAGCGAGCUACCGGCCGACGCCUUUAGGAUGUCGGUGGAGGCGCUGCGCCUGGUGCACGCGUCCAAGGAGCUCUGGAACCAGACGGACCUGCUGCUGCCCAAGAACUUUUCGGGGCUCGCCAAGGACUGGGAGUUCAGCUACUUCGUGCUCAAGUCGUCGACCAACGGCGCCAUUCUAGCGGUGACGCUGGCCAGCUUCCUGUCCAUCGCGUCCGUCGGCUGGGCCAUGGUCUCGCCUCUGAGGGUCUCGAUCAUGGUCAUUCUGAGCGUCGUGCCCAUUUCGCAUACGCUGAUCGGCGCGUACCUGUCGUCGACGAUCAUGACGGCGGACUUCUGUGCCGCCCCGAUGAACAACACGCUCAAGCUCGUGGGCUCGACGCCUGUUGUGAACUACUACGUCGAGUGUCCAGCAAACGUGUCGCUGCCCUUUGCUGAGGCGCUGGAUAGCCUGGAGCGCAAUGCGUCGCACCAGGGAGACAUCGGCCAGCGCAUGAAGAAGGAGUUCCUGGACCCCAUCGGCAAGCAGCUGGACAGCGAGGACAACCUCCUCAACCAGUUUGCAGCCUCGCAGACCUGCAAGAACGUGUCGAGCGCGUUCGAGUACGCCGCCACCACGUACUGCGAGUACGGCAUGCUGGGCUUCUUCUCCAUGUGGGUGCACCAGAUUUUGUUGUGCCUGAUCCUGUUCGUGUGCGUGGUCGUGUCCGUGCUGGUCUACGAGCGCGUCCACAUCCGCGAGAUCCGUCUGGACGUGCGCUACCAGCUUCUCUCCAGCUACGAAGAGGACGACGUGGAGCACGUUUACUUGUCGUCGGACUAA